AUGAGAUAUUCAUACCAUUUCCACCAGCCUCCCCAUGCCUGGGAGGUGGAUAUGUCUGUGCUAGAGGACCAUCCUUUCUUUGCUCACCACCAUCCCCCUCGGUAUGAGGACGUCUUUGAAAUAAGACAUGGGAAGCAUUUUGGAAAAGACAAGAUGCAUAAGGGAGGACACGCUAUGAGGAAUGAUGAAUUUCCUGGAAAGUUCAGAUUCGGGUUCGGUGGUCGUGGAGGUCGUCAUCCUCAUCCUCAUCAUCACCCGUAUGCAUUCGGGCUCCGUGGCCAUCAUGGCCGUGGGAAAUUUCACCCACAUCGCCAUGGACAUGGACAUGGACAUAAUUAUGACCCGGACCACGAGUCUGAACAUGCUUUCAACCCAUGGACUAAACAUGACAGAUCAGGCCCCAGCCACCCUGGCUUCCACCACAAACGAGGCGGGCCAGGUCCCCACGCCCACUCCCGGGGAAAGUUCCACCGAGGAGGGCUAGGACAUGGACGAGGCCCAGUAAACAGACACGGAAAGGGAAAAGGAUUCCAUCAUGUUAACAGCUUGCACCACAUGCACCCUCUCAUGCGUGCACAUCGUCACUACUCACCAGAAACAGCCAGUUUCACGCCUCCAGUGGACGUCUUCGUUACCGCUACCCAGACUGUUGUCCAUGCGUCGCUCCCAGGAGCUCAAAAGUCAGAUGUGAGUGUUGGAUACGACGCCUCGCGCUCGAUGCUUCGUAUCGCUGGUGUUGUGCACCGACCUGGUGUGGACGAGGAAAUGCAUCGGGCUUUGUUGGUUGGGGAGAGAGGACGUCAUUUGGGGGUGUUUGAGAGGGAGAUUCCGGUCUCUCAUGAAGUGGUGGUUGAUGGGGUUCAGGCGCGACUGGAAGAUGGUGUUUUGAAAGUUGUGUUGCCUAGGGUUGAGGGGGAGGAGGUUCUAAAUGGGAGUGAGGUGGAGGUGGAGAUGGUGAAUGCUGACAGGGAGUUGUCGACUCCUACUGGGUCUCAUACUGAAGGGGAGGAUGAAGAAGAACAUGAGGGUGAGGAUGAGAAGGUUGAAAAGGAAUUUGUCAAGGUGGAUAUUCAGUGA